AUGGCCGAGGAAGAAAGAUGUUGCGAGAAUAGCAUGAAGCGCGAGACGAGCGAUGCCACUGGGCCUGGCGGGGUCGCUGGCAGUUCUUCAGAAACAACAACAGCAACAACAGCUACAACUACAACAGCGCAGACUGAUGCGUUGCCAAAGCUCUCGGCGAAAGAAUUUCGGGAGUAUAACCGCAUGGCAGAGCACAUGGACAUGUUUCACAAUCAUUUCCGCCAAACAUGGAACACGCUGUACCGCGCGUGUGAAGCCGGCCGGCGACCAGCUGGAUUUUCGAUCCGGGCAUUCAUCAGCAUGGGGAUCGAUCUAUGCGAGAUGCUCGAAAUGCAUCACGGCAUUGAAGAAGCGCACGUGUUUCCGCGUCUGGCCGCGCGCAUGCCGGCUUUUAAACGAGAGCUUGAGCUUGUUUCGCAGCACAGAGAGAUCCAUAGAGGUCUGGAAAGCCUGCAGGCGUAUCUGCAGAAAUGCCGUUCCGGAGAGACGGAUCUGAGGCUGGAUGAGUUGAAAGAAGUCAUGGAUGGGUUUGGAAAGGUCUUGUGGCAGCAUAUGGACGACGAAGUCAAGGAACUAGGGGCAGAGAAUAUGAGAAAGUAUUGGAGUCUGGAAGAGAUGAGAAAGAUGAGGAUGUGA